AUGAAAAAGUUUUUUAGGCAAGUGAAAAGACAGUUCAAAAAUUUCAUUGUGUUCUUCAUUCCAUGGGAAAAAAGGAUAAAAAACAUCCAAGGGCAUUUUGGUGCUGGAAUUGGUUCCUUUUUCGUAUUUUUACGUUCUCUGGUGUGGAUUAACUUUAUUCUCUUAACUUUUAUCACCAUUUUUGUCAUCGCGCCACAGCUCAUGAGCCCUUCGACUGCUUUUAAUAUUCCCGAGAGCGAGAAACACACAGCUCAGCGUCUCACAUCAGUUCUUGAUGCCAAGGGCCACCUGGAGUACUCUUUCUUAUUUUAUGGUUACUAUGGAAACGAAGCCAUCCAAGUGGGUGUGGUCAAAUAUCCUCUUCCGUUGGCUUACUUCGUGGUGUUCCUGGGUGCCUAUCUUUUCAGCAUCAUCAUUGUGCUUAGGGCUAUCACUCACGAGCAGCGUCUGGUAAAGUCGUCGGGUCAAAAUGAUCAGUAUCCUUUCGGUUGGCGAGUGUUCUCAGCCUGGGACUUUCUCAUCACCGAGCGGGAAACCGCUGACAACAAACUAGCUUCACUUACUACGGGAAUAAAGGUAGGCAGACGCCAUAACCAACCUCGUCAAUGCGCUUUUUAA